AUGGCGUCGCAAACCGUCUUGCCACAGCACCCUGGCCAGACCAAGAGGGGCUCUGAGAGUGAUAGCUCGCUGGACGAGAUCGCCGAGCAGAAACAAAAGCUUUUCAUCUCUGCGCUGGGAAAGCAUGGAAAGCAUAGCAAGGAUCUCGACGACUCUGCUUCACCCAAGCGCUGGAAGAGCUUCUGGACUUCCUUCCGCUACCUCGCCAACCUGACGCCAAAGGAAGUAGAUGACUUCAUGGCAUCCUAUGUGAUUUACAACCUGGAUUGGGAGAACAAGCAGCAGAUGACCGAGGUCUUGGGCCCUAACUACCAAGAAAAAGUUGGCGAUUGCUUAAAGUCUUACUACGGAGUGCUCAACCAUCUCUGCGCCUUGGGCGACGUCGAGAAAAUUCGCAAGGCCUCUGUUCUAGAGAACCAGAUCCUCUAUGAGCGCUCAAUUGCACAAGAUAUCGGCCUGCGCGUUGGCGACAAGGUGUUGGAUCUUGGCUGCGGGCGUGGGCGCGUUGCAGCGCAUAUGGCGCAGCACUCUGGCGCGCAAGUCACCGGUCUGAACAUUGAUCCCAAUCAAGUCGCCCAGGCCAAGAGCUUCAAUGAAGAGCGCGGUCUGCAAAACAACUUCAUCCAGCAAGAUUUCAACAGCCUCCCGCUACCCUUCGCCGACGAGAGCUUCGACGCCUUCUACCAGAUCCAAGCGCUAAGUCUGUGCAAGGACUUGCCCGCACUCUUCCGCGAGAUCUUCCGCGUGGUCAAGCCGGGAUCCAAGAUCUCGCUGCUGGACUGGAUCAGUCUCCCCGCCUACGAGCCGAAGAACCCCGAACAUGCCGAGCUCAUGCGCCGCGUCAAGCCCUUGAUCGGUGCCGUCGGCACCCCAACUCAAGAGAGUCUCGAGACCGCGCUGAAGCAAGCCGGCUUUGAGAUUGUCAAGUCUGAGAAUGCCAGUAUCGACGGUUUGCAGGCUCCGCUGAUCGAUACCGUGGACUUGUACUUCCGUAGCCUGCGCCAGGUCAUUCUUGCCUUUGUCAAGCUCCACAUGCUCCCCCGUCACUUCAAGACUCUGAUCAACCGCCUGUGUCUUGAUGGCCAGGCUUUUGUUAAGAUGGAUAACAUGCGCCUGGCGACCACGAGCUAUAGCAUCAUUGCGCAGAAGCCUCGAGCUUAG